AGAGAUAAUGAGCAAAUAAGUUAGAGGUUUUGAGAACGUUGCACUCUAAACCUGCCACCCCUCAGCUACGUAAGUACACAUGCUUUAACUCUUGGAGUGUUUUUUUAUUUUGCAGUAAAUUCUAUUAUUUAUAUCCUUUAGUCUGUGAGGCUCCUGAUUUUGUGAGUUUAGCGUCCUAAGAACCGAGCAGCUGCUACACUACAGUAUGUGGCUGUGGGCAUUAAUACCCGUCUCCUUUGGCUUCUUUGGAAUGGUGGGCAUUUGGACAGUAUGUGCAGUAGCGGUGAAAAAUGGAGCAGUCAAUCUAACAAGAGGAAUUCCCUUAAUCAGUACAUGUGCUGCUUACCCACCUCAGACCUCUAUCUUCUCUCAAACGUUUAAUUUUGUUGCCGUUUUAGCUCUGAUGACCGUGGCGAUCCGAUAUAAGCAGAUUCAGGACUAUGGUUGCCAUGGAAAGGUCAAUGUUGCAAGUGUUGUUGUAGGAUCGUUAGCUCCCAUUGGAUUGUCUGUCACUUCCAACUUCGAGGCAUCAGUCUUCUACAUACCCCACUUUAUUGGUGGGCUUGUGGCAUUCGUCUGUAUCCUGACCUACAACUGGAUACAGGUGUAUUUAACCUAUCGAGCACUGGUCUACAAAGGCCGAGUCUGGGUGGUACCCGUGAGGUUAUUCUGCUGCAUCAUUUCCACCAUCAUGCUGGCUGGUGUAGCGUUCUUGACAUCUUGCCACCAAAAAGCUUUUUGUGAGUGGAUCUUCGUCAUGCUGGCGUUCUUGCUCUUCGGCCUGUUUGCUACGGAGUUCAGACACAUAGAGCGCUGCUACCUCACCGUACAGAUGCCCACACUAAAGGAGGAGUGCUGCAUGCCUGCACCGGUGCAUAUAAACCACCACGCUUUACACAUGCCCUGUUAAACCCAACAUCAUCUCAGAGACAUCAACUGGCUUCAUCAUGUCUAUAGAUAAUGUAACACUUGCCAUAUAAAAUGUUUAGUCUUGAGAUUUUUUGCCUUGUGAGUCAUUUUCACCCCCAGAAUUGUGUGUUUAUUUUUAAUGAAGCAGAUCGACUCAUUUGCUUUUGAGCAUCAGUGAUUUUUCUGCUUUUGCAUGAAGGUGGAUGUAAAGGUUCAAUAUAAGAGUGCAGUACAUGCAUCUGAACACAUGGGGGCGCUAUUCAUCUUUGUUCAGGAAUCCUGUUUAAACAAAAUGUUUAAUAAUCAUAAACUCAUGUUGUGAACAUUUAAACACUUGUUUAUAUUGUUUACUCUACAGAUAACCAUUUUAGCCUGGGUCCAUUAGAAAGUCCUUUAUCUCUUUAUUAUGAAAUGAACUUCUGAUUAGAGAAGGAACCGUUCCUGCCAGGACGAGCCUGUCCUCCAUCUGUCAGCUGACUCAUAGUGAAGGAAGAAGGGUUUUCAGAUUACUUGGCACAUAAAGAAAUGUGAUUUCAAACAGAAGAUAAGGUCUUCCAGUUCUGCAGCAAAGCGCCCAAACCAAGGUCGGCUGGUACGAGCCACUGGCAGUGGUGUCCACAAGGGGUGGCCAGAGGUGGCCAUGGUCAACCCAAGAAAAUUCAAGUGGCGCUUGCUGCAGAACCACAAAGGCGGAGCUGCACCAGAAGGUGGGGCUGCACAAAGUAAGCCCCGCCCAUUCCAUCAGAGUCAGUCCAAUUCCUUCCAGUUGUCAGACUUGAUAGCAUUCUGGAACCAAAGAGGGUGUUCUAGCUAGUAUCAUCUAAAAUGCAAGCUUGAGGGCGGAGUUGAGAAGUUAAUUGAACAGUUUUUGUAAAGGUUCCAUAUAAUUAAAAAUCUAACUUUUGGAACUUUUUACCAUGUUAUGUUGUCAUUUCCUCAUAAGAAACACACCAAAGCCAUUUUUAGCCUCAUUCAUGCAUUUUCCUCCCAUCUCAGCUUCAAUUUCGUCUCCUCCCCCGAAGCGGGUCUGGUCUUGGUUCUCAAAUCUGGAUAUUCUGUGAAUUUUCUGACAAAUUAUUUCUGAAAUGACUUCUACUGAGACAGCGCCAGAAAAACCAUACAUCCCCAUCUACGAAGACACACUGGAUGGCACAAUCAAAUGUAACGCCACUUGCAUUUUAUCAGAUGUAGUGGUGAAGUGGUUGUGGAGUCAGAUUGGUAUACAAUUUUGUGCAGGUUCACCUCCCAGUAGCGGCAGUAAAAAGGUAGUUUCUAACCCUUUUUCUUCUUUUCUAGCUACACUUGCCAGUACUAUGUUUACAACCAUUUAUUGGUAUACUGUUUAAAAUAUAAUGACUAAUGUGUUUAUCUUUUUUAUUUAGUUGUUUAUUUAGCCAGUGUGAAUCCAUUUGUGAGCAGUUUCAACUAAAAUGCUGUUUAGGAACGACCAAAUUCAAAGAACUUUUAGAGACAUAAAUAUUUUGCAGAAAAUAAACAUUAAAACUAAAAUAUAAAAAAAUUAAAUGUUUCAGCUGGCUAAAUAGAUUGCUGCCGACCCCACCGAGAGUCGAGCCAGCAUCAGCUGAGGGGAAAGCAAAAUGUAAGCCAGAUGAUCUUGCCAUUGGACCACCAGAACCCACAUGAAGGCCCAAACCGCUGUUGUAACACCCUUUUGUUGGAGCGGUUGUGGGCAGAUAUUUGGGAUAUAUUCAGGCUUUGUCAUGUAGCAAGUUAUAUUUAUCUUGUUUAAUUGGAGCAUAGAACAUAGCAUUAACAACUGUAAACUAGUAACAGCCGUAAUUCAUGUGGGUCAGGUUAGUUUGCGAAAAAGUUAAAAACAAAAACAGGAGUCAGUAGGCUAGGCCGAGUUUGCGUGAAUGGGCGGGACUGACUCUGGUGCAGCUCCGCCUUUGUAGUUCUGCAGCGAGCACCCUCUCAGAAAAUUGCUGACCACCCCACUAUCCACACCCAGGGAAGGCCAGUGUUCUUUAAUAAGUCAAAUUAAUGUUUUUUUUUUUUUGAUGAAAACGAAUAAAGGAGACUUUAUUGCAUCAACAUGGUGUGCCACCUAAAAAUUUCUCUGGCCCCGUGGCUAACUUUUCUGGAGGCACCACUGGCUGUUUGAUUUUCUCCAAAAAUGUCUUCUUUCCCUCUCUCUUCUAGGAGAAGAGUUCAUUUGUCUGCAGCUCUUCCACCCCAGUCUUGUUCUAGUUGUUCUCCGAAGAACUUGACCCUUAAACAGAGGCCUGUGGCAUCUGAGAUGGAGCCAUUACAUUUUGGGGAAAAGUAGUAACUGACUAUUUUUGUUGUAAAAUACUGAACUCCAAACUACCAGGAAAUAAAUGUUAACCUUUGUGAGGUCGAUGCACAGCAACAGUUGUGUCUUUCCUCCCUGGGACUGUGUUAACACACACCUGUAUGCUCCUGACUGACAAAGCCCCUGUUUUUAUAGGGAAGUUUAAGCUGCUAUGGCAAAUAAAAAAAUAUUAGCUCUAACGUUUUUUUUUUCAAGUCUCUUAACCAGAGGCCGACUCAUAUGUUUUUUUUAAGGCCGAUGCUGAUCCAGAUUUUUAAAGAAUUUUGUCGCCGAUAGAUUUACGUUUUAGCAGCACACUGAGUGUGAAAGAGCCCUGAACACUCACUGUGUGCAAAAAUAAAAUAAACAAGUCAAUAAAUCUAAUAUUUAUUGAACUUCAAAUGUGAAACAAACUCAAAACAUAAAAAAAUGGUGUGUUGGGGUCCUUCGGGUCUUUUCUGCAGUCUAGUAGUGGCGACAGUUGGCCACAUAUAUGCCUCAUUUAAAAAAAUAUAUAUCGGCUUUUAAAUGUAAUUUUGGCCAACAUCGAAAAAGUUGGAUAUAAUGGUCGGCUUCUACCCUUAACAACAUUCUGUAGCUAUACAUUUAUUGUGAUGAUUAAAAACAAGAAAAA